AUUCAGGUUAAUCUCGGUAGCGAUUACCGACGAGAACCAUGGCGGGUAAGCAGAUCGGCGGAGACGGAGGUUUACCGGCAAAUCUCGCCGGAAUGACAAAAAGUCAGCUCUACGACAUUAUGUCUCAAAUGAAGACGUUGAUUGAUCAAAACCAUCAACAAGCGAGGGAGAUUCUGAUUCGGAAUCCUCUUUUGACCAAGGCUCUUUUCCAGGCACAAAUCAUGCUCGGAAUGGUUCAGCCUCCUCAAGUGACUCCGAAAGUUGAGCCACAAGCUGUGCAACAACCUCAACAAUCUCAUCAAUCUAUCCCGCCAAAGCCAAAUGUUCAAGCACAUAUCUCUUCUAUUCAAGGGGGAGGCAGUGUACAUGAGCCAGCAAAUACGAUGCAGCCACAAGCCACGAUUCGAAAACACCCAACACCACAACCAAUGCCUAUGCCUCCUCCGCCUUCUGUUUCUGCAACCAAUAAUGCUCAACCACAGCCUCGUUUUUCGCAUCCCCAGCGUCAGGGACAUCUCAAUCCUACUGUCACUUCUAUGUCUCAUCAACAGUCUUCUCAAGUUCAAAACGCGCCUCCUCCGGCUCCCCAUCAUCCAACAUCCCAGCCACCUUCUUUUCAUCAUCUUGAUAUACCAGCUUCCUCCACUCAGUUGCAGCAACAACCAAUGCACUCGGGUGGAGGUCCUCAUUUGGCACAGCAACAGCCUAGACCAUAUCAUCAUCAAUAUGGACAAGCCCAAACUGGUCCAAACACUGGGUUUCAGCACCAUGGCGCACCUCCUCAGCAUCUCUCUCAACCCAUGUUUCAUUCAGGCAACAGACCCCCUGCUUCUGGUGGACCUCAAUUCCCGCAGGGACAGCAACAUCUGCCUAGUCAGCCAACAUAUCAGGGAGGAGGUCAAUAUCGUGGAGACUACAACAAUAACCAAUUAGCAGGUCUGAUGGCUCAAGACAGAGGUCCUUCUUGGAUGGCUGGCCAAUCAGAGAGCUCGAACAUUACUCAUCUCCCAGGUUUAGGGCCGGUGCCUCCACCAAGCCAAGUUGGGCCUGGAGGUGGCCCACCACCUCGCCCUGCACCGAUAUCUGCAGAGAUGGAGAAGGCAUUACUUCAACAGGUGAUGAGCCUAACGCCAGAGCAGAUCAAUCUGCUGCCACCAGAACAGAGAAACCAAGUCCUUCAGCUUCAACAGAUUCUCCGACAGUGAAGCUCAUUGAUACGAUAGCUUGGUCUCCUCCAUGUUAGAACUUAGAAGAGGCAAGUUUUGGCUUUGAAUGUAAGGUCUGAGUUAAGUUUGGGAUAAUUUGUAAAAAGAAGAAAACUAAUAGGUUUUU